AUGACGAAGAACGCUUCCACUUCAGAUCCAGAAACAAUACGAACGGCUUUGGAGGAAGCCAGGAACAGCGAAGAUGGUCGUAUCGACCCUAGGAUGAUCUCCGUUCUCGAAACAGCUAUAAGUGAAGUCUGGCGCAAGGUGCAAGCGGAGCCCGAUACAUAUGUUUUAACCCGUGCCGAGUUUGCGCUCUUCAACUUCUUUCUCAUCCGAUAUCGUGGCCCAGUUGCUCAGCGUGCUGUGGAGCGAUAUUGGAACAAUUUCAACAGACAGCCCCCUGAGAUAAUCUAUCAAAACGGUGCUAUCUGGCUAAUCAGGGGUCUCACGAUUCUUUUGUGUCCAACCGUCUCUUACUUUCCUUUCCAAAAUGUUACUCUUAUAUGUCCUGAGAUUGAAUGGCGCAUUUCAAAACUGCAACCAUGUUCCCGAGACACACAUGCUUCACUCCAUACAGGUACCCGCGGAUAUGACCAGCGUCAAAAACGGGUUACCAACUGGCCUGGGACUUGUUCCACAGAGGUCUGCCACGGUGUCAGUGAGCGUGGUUCUCGUUCAAAUACCCUGAAACUUCGGUUUGUUCGGUAUUCCUUGACAAACACAAUUGCGCAGAUGAGUUUUGUCGGAGGAGAGGUUUCCUUUCGCUGCGUGAGCCCGUCGAUACCUCGGUAUACAGAAGUUACCCUCUACCCGGUUGCAAAAGUUCGGUUUGGGCACGGUGGUAUGUACGAAGAUAGUUGUGUGGUGACGUGUCGGGCAUACGACGAGGGCUUUUAG